CGCCACGUGCUAUUCUCUUGCUAUUCCUGUGUAGCGUCAUUUCGCUUCGUGUUUGUGCUAUUUAUUGAUUGUGAAGUGUUAUUUGGAACAACUUCUGCUAAUAUACAUAAUACAGUUGUGUGGUAUUGUGUGUGACUGUAACAUCUUAACAAUGAGUUUAGUAAAUAUAUCAAACCCACUUUGGAAUUACUACGUAAAGUUACCAUAUGUAAGAGUUGCCAACUGCAAACUUUGUAAAUGUGAUUACUCAUACAAAACAUCUAUAACGAAUUUGAAAGCCCAUUUACGAAUGAAACACAAAACUGAAUAUAAUUCUUACCUAGCUGAAGUAGAAAAAAGGAAACGUCGCCUCACAUUGAAAAUGUAUAGAGGAGAAGAAGAUGAUGAUGAGGAGGAUGAUGAGGAGCAGUUAAUUGAGUUACCUACAGGUGACAAUAAAACAUGUCGCAUCUCACUGAUUGAGAUAAAAAGAGAAGAUGAUCUAGAUAACCAUUCACCUGAGCCAUGUAUCGAAGCCUCAACUUCAGAACAACAGGCAGAACUUGCAAACCCAACUCCUCGAAUUAAAUAUGUUUUUACAAACGUUCUUGAUCAAAAACAGAAACUAAUUAACGGGAAACUCUUAAAGAUGAUCUUGAAGACAUAUCAACCUCUUUCAAUCGUCGAGGAUCAUGAUUUUGUGGAAUUUGUAGAAGCUUUGAACGGCGAAUACAAAAUACCUUCACGUUUAGUGAUAGCCGAAAAAGUCAUACCUGCACUUUACGACAAGUGUUUGAAUAAUCAAAAAAUAUUAAUGCAUGAAGCUGAGUCUGUGUGUUUGACAAGUGAACUCUGGACCUCUACUAGUAAUGACACAUUUAUGUGCAUCUCUGGACACUACAUAAAUAAGGACUUCCAGUUCAAGUCUAUAGUACUGAAAUGUUGGCAUCUAAGCAGCACGUAUUCUAGUAUAGACCUUGCAACUAUUUUCAGAUUCACUUGUCUAGACUGGGGCAUUUUUGAUAAAAUAAAUAUGUGUGUCACAGACAAUAACAGAGAUGUAAUGGAAGCAGUUACUUCAUUAGGUUGGGAUCACUGUUCUUGUAUAGCCCAAAAAUUAAACAAUAUUCUCCAGAACUUUACCAAUAUUUAUGAGACCACAUUAAAAAAAUUCAACACUAUUGCAUACCGUUACCAAUUGUGUAACAAAGAUGAAAAAGCAUUGGGAAGUUCCCAAAUGAGAGUCAGCGAUAACGAAGUACCUCUGGAGUUUCUAAAAUCCAUGCCAACGAUGUGGAAUUCUAUCUAUCUCAUGAUAGAAAGGUUUAUAAAUCUAAAGAACGAAAUAAAGGAAAUUGACAAAAACAUCAUCACAGAUUUACCAGACAUCACUGAUGAUGAAUGGACCUCACUCAACCAAUUAUAUUUAAUGCUGAAACCUUUCUACGAAGCAAUUACCGAGCUCAUCUCUGAAAAGUACAUUUACGCUUCAAAAGGAAUUGCUAUCAUUAAUGGACUGAAGGAUGUGAUGAAGGAACUAGAGAAGAAGCCUCGAUAUCAUAACUUCUUAGAAAAUAUUUUAAAACCAUUCAGUACCAAACUGUAUGAAGAUUUUUCGAGCAAAGAGUAUGAGGCCAAAUUGGCAAUUUGUACUAUUCUAGAUCCGAGAUACAAAACAGAGAUGUUCAUUGAUGAAGUAGUGGUUGACACAGUUGAGACUGCGAAAUCAAACUUGGUAGUAGCGGUACAACAGAUGAUAAAAAAUGAAUGUCAAAAUGAAACGAAUAGUGAUCCAGGUGAUCAGAGCACGAUGGAGGACGACGACGCGGACGGUGAAAUAAAUUUGUGGCGGAGACGAAGUUUGUCCAUACGAAAUAGAAAGAAGUGUUCCGAUUUUAAUCAAUUAGUGUUGGCUCAACAAGAAGUGUCUACCUACCUUCAGGGUGAGCUUGCAGAGAGCAGCUGUGAUCCAUGUGAUUGGUGGCAGACGAACCAGCUGAAAUAUCCUCAUUUGGCAAAGAUUUUCAAAAUGAAGUGCAACAUUGUAGCCAAUUCAGUACCAAGCGAGCUUAUAUUUACAAAGAAUGGUGUUGCACUGAGAGACAGGAGGGCGAGGCUUCCUCUUGAGGAAACAGAACAAUUUGUGGUUUUAAAUGCUAAUCUAUCAGAAACUGACUAUGAAGACUUUGUGCCUCGGAUUCAAGGAAAGCUAUUCAAUGGAAGAAAUUCUACAGAUCCAAGCAUGAUCACAUCAUAAGAGGUACAAGGAUAGUGUACGAGAGGUCAUUCAUGAUGUCGCUACGGCAAUCACCGAUCUCGCAAACCCCACCUAAGUGCCCAUUACCGG